UGUGUGGUAGUAGCGGACAGAAAAUCCACCUGUAUUUUCAUCGUUCCGUAAGCAAGCAGUUUUCCGUGCUACAAUCGAUGCGUAGGGCUGUAACCGUGAACCGAGCCCUGUAGCUAAAAGCGAAAGAAAAUAACAAACAGCCAGACAGCACCUUCGACAGGAAAGCAACGUUUCAAUCGCCACAAUUACAAUUGUCCGAAGGUUGUACCGUGCAAAUAAUGGCUUUAUCUUGGAUGCCGAUGCGAAAUUCAUUAAAAAGGCCACAAUUUUAGUGCAAAUGCUGCCAACAUCAUCUUUAUAGGCACCGCAGCCGCAUACCCUAACGUAUCUUCACCCUGCAUUCGCUCGACAGCGCGUAUACGGUGGUUGACCUACGAACGGAGUAAGCCACAGUGAUUGAUUCGGCUUUUCAAUACCCGUUUAGUUUUCGGCUGGUGCGCGUAGCUACUCGUAGCUGUGUAGACCCGGUACGAAACCAACGGAAGUGGUGGCGGCUGCGGUAGACGAAGCAUCCGACGAAGGUGGACGCAGUGCGAGUGGCGACGGUAGACGUACGGCAGGAAAGGCAACGCAACAGCGGGUUGAGGUGACGGGCGAGUGCGUUGGCGGUAGUCAGCGUCGCGCCGCUAGAAUUACAGGACCAUCCAGCACUAGGAAGCAGCAGCGGCAGCACGCUGGAGCAGAUACGAAGGCGAAACCGUCGUCGUCGUCGUCGUCGUUCUCGCCAGCAGGAGCAGCAGCAGCAUUGUCAGGGAUACAGCAGGCAGGUGAGUGCGUAACAGCGGCCGCAUCCACCUCCACUGCAUCGGCGUCGUCCUGUGGCGCCCUCAACCCACCACGGUCCGCUGCUGGUAGCGGAGGGGGAGCAACAGCCGAGGUGUCAUCCUGUGACGACGGUACCACCAGCAUCACCACUACCAGCACCGGCAGGAUGGUGGUAGCGUCGUCCGGACACGCAUCGGGCAGUGCCGGACAUCAGCAGGCACGCAACAGCAACCACCAGCACAGGCUUGCCCAGGUUGCCAGCCCCGGCACGGGCAUGACACCGAAGGAGCUGUCCGACAAUGACGACAUCGCAACCGGUCUGGUGCUCGACACGAUACUCGGGUUUCAGACACACAAGAUGAGCCUGAAGUAUCGGCCACUCAAGGCAAACAAGGACGAGAUCAAGAACAUCAUCGAGGAGUUUAUACGUACGCAAAACUAUGGCAAAUGCUACCAGCAGCUUAUGAACGGCAACUGGAUGCCACGGUCCGUGUUGAACAAGAACAAGCUGGCAUUGAAGCGGCUAGAAGCACACAUCUACCGCUACCUUCGAGUGUUUGAUCAGCAUUCCGGUUUUGUGAUCGAGGCCUGUUAUCGUUACUCGCUCGAGGGUCAGAAAGGUGCCAAAAUCUGUUCCACCCGGCGCUGGAUGAAGAAUGAGAAGAUCGAGUGUCUGGUGGGCUGCAUCGCGGAGCUGACCGAGCGCGAGGAAGCGGAUCUGCUGUACCCGGGACGGAACGAUUUCUCCGUAAUGUACAGCUGCCGCAAGAACUGCGCCCAGCUAUGGUUAGGACCGGCCGCGUACAUCAACCAUGACUGCCGCGCAAACUGCAAGUUCGUAGCGACUGGGCGCGAUACCGCCUGCGUGAAGGUGUUACGGGACAUUGAGGUGGGCGAAGAAAUUACCUGCUUCUAUGGGGAGGAUUUUUUCGGCGAUAACAACUGCUACUGCGAGUGUGAAACGUGCGAAAGGCGUGGUACCGGUGCGUUUGCUUCACGCACCCAGCGGGUGAUAGAGAGUGCGGCACUGUACAAUGGUGCGGGCGAUACAAGCUCGAGCGGCAGUGGCAGUACCGUCGGUGCCGGCGGCACUGGAAGCGAAGGACCCGACGGCAGUGCAAGUUACGAUUCGGCACUGGCGGGGAUCGGUGUGAAUGGGGUUGUGGUCGGCAUCGUCGGUACGGCGAACGGUGCCGGCGUACGGUACAGGCUACGCGAGACCGACAAUCGGUUAAACAGGAUGAAGAACAAGCGCAACAAUGGGGCCGGCACCGGUACCGGUAGUGAUCUAAGCGGUGCAAAGUUGACAGCAAUCGGGAAGGAACCACCGCCCGCGCUCGGUAUGCUGACGAUGCGCGAACUGCGCGACAAGGGCAUGACGAAGUACGAUGCGGAGAUGCUACUCGCACAGCAGAAGCCCUACUGCACGAAUCCGUCGCUCGUUACUCCGCUAGCGCCGCACGGACGGGCACACGACGGGUCUUCGUCUAGCGGCCAGUUUGGUGUGGAGCUGGACGACAGUAGUAAGGCCGAUAGUAAAAAGGUUGUGGCAGAGAAAAGUGCGGCACAGCUAAAACGUGCCACCCGCUCAUCGACCUGCAGUAGUAUGAAAGCGUUGGCUGCGAAACCGGAUGAAUGUGCAAAGGUGCAGGAAAAGAAACGUGACGAACCGUUCGAGGGGGGAAAUGGUAAAGUGCAGCAUCAGAGUCGCUCGCUCAGCACCAAGCCGAACCCGCGGCGAAGGUACAGCAGCUACAGUAUUGUCGAUACGACACCGUUUGGUGAGACCGUGGCCGGAAAACUGUCCGCGUGCACCUCUACCACCCGUCAACCGGCGCACGAUACGAAGCGGAAAAAGCAGAAACAUUCAACCGAGAACGUUCCACGGCAACGGUCGGCCUCGGUCGCACCCGGGAAGGUACGGGAAUCGCGCUCGGGGAAGGAUAUUGCCGACGAUGUGAUCAUAAUCGAUGAUGAUUGCAGCAGCAGCAGUAUGCACUCGUGCAAUUCGGGCCCCGACGCCACACAUCUGCCCUUUGGUCAACAAUUCGUGCGCAAUCGGAAGCGCCGGGCCAGCAUGUACACUAGCAGCAGCCGAAGCAUCUAUACGUUCCACGAUGACACGUUCGACGGGACGCCACCGAACGGGUGUUACGCACUCCGCAACCCUCAUCAUCAGCCCAACAGUCAGCGUCGGAAUAGUACGAAUCCGUUCGCUGCCGGCAUCGCGGUAGAGGAGUCGCAACAGUCAUCUACCGCCGCCAGCCGCAAACAACAACCGGUUACGCAUCGUGCAGCCUCCCAGCUCGCAACACCGAGUCGCAAACGGCCCCGUGAAACGACACCGGACGGGCUGGGCGGGAAUGGGUCGGCUAAGCGUCCCGGCACCACCACGGGACCCGGCAACAACGGUUCCCAGCAAAUCAUGACCCGACGGAUGUCGUUGCGCGUGGCGAACGCUUCCAACCUGGCCACGGGAAUGGGUACGGGUGAGACCGUCACCGCACAGCCGGCGAUUGCAGAUUCCGAAUCUGAGAUUAGCCCGCGGGUAACGCGCGGCAUGUUACGCCUGCUGGAAGAUAACGACGCUGCGACCGAACCGGCUGGGAAGCAACACACCAAACCGUCUCGUUCCUCCGCGCCACGGACCGAGGCGGAGGACACUGGGAGUGAAGGGGUGAGAGUGAAUGGUGAUAGUCAUCGGUUUAGAAGACGUUGGUCAACGGUUACGAGCACACUGGGCGAUGAGGAGCAUACAACCGCGUCCCCAGAGCAGCAACCACGCAUGAGUAAGGCUACGUCAUCGAACAGGGGGGGUCGAAGUCGGAAAACGAAGGCCCAUACGCCACGGUUACGCGAAGAGGCCGAACAGCAACCGGCAGAUGUGGAUGGUACGAAUGCUACUGGUCGGGGGGAAGCCGGUGCACUGCUGAAGCGCUUGCAGCAGCAGUCACGGGGGCUCUCGACGGGCGGGAGCGUCCGUACGCGGAAGCAGCUGUCACCAACGAAAAGAUCUCGCGGUAAGGAUUCGGUUGUCAAUGGGAGGUCGGUCGGUGGGCAAAUUAAUCACACUUGGAAGCAAGCAUCCGUCAACGCUACGGAAACAGGGGACUUAACGGGUGAAGGGUUCGGAUAUGAGGAGGAAGAGGAAGAAGAGGAUCACGACGAUGAGGACGAUGUGUUGUGGCAGCAUCCUGCGUCGCUUGUUGGAGGGAAAGGCAGCAGCAGUAGCAGCAGUAGCAGCAGCAGCAGUAGCAGCAGCAGCAGCAUCAACAUCAUCCCGACGAGCUCCAGCGCAUUCGGGUUGCAGAAGCGUACUACCGACCGUAGUCCCAUCUCGUCGAACUUUUCUUCCUCUUCCUCCUCAUCGUCCUGUUCCUCGUCAUCCGUGUCGUCCAUCUCGUCGGUUUCGUCUGCAAGGCAGAAGGGUCCCGCGCAACCGAAGAUAGCUGACCAGCACCGUUUAAAGCUGAAGCUGCGCAUGAAACCUGUCUCCACGACGGACGACGACGAUGGUGAUGGAGGUGUCGCUGCGGGUCCGCAUUCCGAUCCGCACCGGGUGAACGUCGAUCGGUUACGGCAGCCAUGGUCAUCGGCCGGUAUACGGCCGGCACAGGUUCCCAGCACCGCAAGCAGUAAUGAAUCUGGUGGGAAACGUGCCGUCGCUGGGGCAUCGCGCAGAAGGGACGCGCACAAUGGGGAUGGGCAGUCCACGUCGGUAGGGAGCACUACGUUCGGUAGGGAUGGUGACGGUAGCGAGCAACCGACACCUGUGACGACCGUUUCGGAUGAGGACGAUGAGGACGACAUCAUACUGUCGAAGAUACUGCAGUGUGGUGGGAAGCAGCGCUCGACGGCAGAGGGUGACGGCAGUGCGUAUCGGGAGCGGCGGGGGGAACAGGAUGCGGCUACACACACCCACGGUUCCAACAGCAUCAGCAGCAUGGCAAUCAGUUCCUCCACCCCGUCGCAGGCAGAGAACGUUGCGUUGCUUGCUACCGUCACUACCGGCGCUACCAUAUCGACCAGCGGUGCCAGCUCGAAGUUAUCUCCUUCCUCCUCCACGGUGCCUACGAUGGAACCGUUGAUGAGAACUCCCGAACGUAGGUUGAAGCUGACGCUGCGCAUGAAACGGAGCCCGGUGAUCGAUGAGAUCAUCGAGUCUGGCAACAGUCUUAGCGACGCGGACAACAGUGGCAGCCCGAGUGCGUUCCGGCGCGAGUACGAAAUACUCCGCAUGGAAGGUUUGCGGGAUCUCGAUGAGGAGGAGGAGGAGGAGGAGGAGGGGACAGAGGAAACAGACCGGCCGUACCGAUCGACGUGUCGUGCGGCAAAUCUUAGCAGACGAUCCCUUACAUACGAUUCACCAGCCAACAGUAGUACUCAUUCACUAAGCGAUAUGGCACUUCAUUCUAGAGCGAAACCGGAAGAAGCGUUCCGGCACGACGGCACCGAGCCAGCGAACGCUGGCGACAAGCGACAGCAGCAGCACCACCACAAAGAAUGGACGCGUGAAGCGGACGAGGCCGCGAAGAUCGAAGAGGAGGAGGAAGAUCUUACGUCGUAUAGCAGCAGCUGUAGCAGCCUGGUGUCACAGAAGCGCAAAAAGCGCCACAAGGCAUCGAAGGAGGCGCGCCGGCUCCGGAAGGAGGCGAAACGCCAACGUCGACUGCAGCUGUAUGACGCCGUUUGUUCGGAGCAGAGCGAACUGGUGAAGGAAAAGCUCAAGUGUCGAAGCUUUAUAACACCGCAGGAUACUGUUCCGCUCGAGGAUAACGACGAAGCGGGUGGGGACGGUGGGGAUGGUGGUGGUGCGGUGGUAGUACCACCACCACCACCACCUCCUCCGCCACCACCACCAGUUCCGUUGACUCUCGGGGCGGGGACGGCCGGAAUUGGGCCGCACAAUGGAUCUACGGUCACCAGCAUCAUCACCACCACCACCACAACAACUACCGCCACGCCAUCCAAGUGUGGACCGGCCGGGGAUGCACCGGUAUACCAGCGGACACACUACCCCACUAACUACUUCCCCCAUCCCCACCAACAACAACCACUACAGUCUGUGAUACUGCAGCCGACGGCACUGCGCGGUGUACGCACCGAACCGACCGGUGUCGCCGGGAGGGACGAGUGGGGUGAUGAGAUGCACCGGAUAAAUGUACGAUGGUCGCUUGCGAACCCAUCCACCGGUGGUGCAAUGUACGGCGAUACGGUAACCAGCGCCGCUACGGCAUCCGGCACGUGCGAGGGUGUUGGGAAUGGGGGGAUUGGGCUACCGAUGAAGCGAUUGCGGUUGAUCUUUGGCAACGAAACGCACACGCGGGACAUUCCGUUGCUGGAAGCACCGAACACGGCGAACACGGCGAACACGGCGAACACGGCGAACACCAGCACGGCGAACGGUGUUAUUAUGGCACCGUCCAACGUACACUGUUCGUCGCCGAGUGUGGCACCGAUGUCGCCGAUUGCGGUCCCGCCAUCCAACACCGGUGCGCUGCUCCGGCCCGGCAACGAGAGUGUAACGCUACUGCGCAACGGGGAGCACACCGGCAAGGCCCACUGUCCCGUGUCGAACUUGAUCAUCAGCAACACGCCGGGUGUGAUUGUGGGACCGGCACGGGCGAUGACGAUGCAGCAGCCACACCAUUCCCCGACACCAGCGCUGAUAGUAAACACCGGUAGCAAUGGCGUUAUCAACAGCACUGGUGGUGGUGCCGCUGGACCGGGCAGCAAUGGCAUACUGCAACGACCGCAACAACCCUUAACAACACCACCUGGUCCGGCGGGGGAUGCCACUGGUGGUGGUGGUGGUAAUGGAUUGAUGCUACGCGCCCAGUACGUUCAGCAACCACCCGCAACGCUCUCGACCGAUGUACCGUGCGGGGCAACCUAUCCACCUGCACCGGGCGGUGGAGACGUGCAGCGGAGCAGCAGUACGGUUGGCGGGCUGCAAGCAACAGAAUCUGGUACCUACCUUGGCGCACUAAAAUGCGUACGAGAAAGCUGUCCCGAGGGUCGCCUGCUCCCAAUCAAUCCGCUCAAAAUCUCCUCCCUGUGGCGAUGCGAUCAGUGUAAUCUGAAGAUGGACAACAUUAAAGCGAGCAAGAUUCAGGAGAUUGCCGGCCGCAUGAUACUGAACAAUGCGAUCAAACGCGAGGCCAGCUACAUCAUCGACUACCUGAACGACCACAUCGUGAAGUUCCUGCUGCCGACGAACCAGUUUACGGUUGAGCUGAAGCUGCAGGCGAUCAAGAAGAUUCAGCCCGAUCGACCGCUGGCCGAGCUGCGCGAAAAGGAAAAGUAUUGCGUGGAGAUACUGGACGUACUGCACCGUCUCAACUAUGGCGAGUGUUUCGUCAAGGGUGUGCUCUGCUACGAGCUGUUCGUAACGCGCGUUACGAUUGCUAAGCUUCUGAACGAAAGUGAUAUCCCAACGGAAACGCCCGACCUGGAACAGCUGCGUACCGCCUGGAAGAUACUCAACCCGAGCGGUAACCGACCCAAGGACAUUCAGCAACUGGUUGUGAAAUACGGGAUCGAGUGAAUCUCGCCCUCGGUGCCCGCAAUACGUAGACAAACAAAAGCCAAAAGCGCUCUUGUACAGAAACAACAAAAACAAAACACAUAUCGACACCUCGCGACAACACUUGUCUGUUAUUUUUCACUUGUUUUUCACGGCACUAGAAGAAAAUGAUCCGUUCUACCGUGCGUUCCACGCAAACGGACUUAACGAAGCUAAUCCGUGAGUGAGACGAGUGACAGUGAAUAGGAGAUAGGAAAGAGAAAGGAAGAGAGAGAAAGGGAGAGAGAGAGAGAGAGCUAUAUACAUAUAGAAAGAGAAAGAGGGUAGGCAACUCCCGAUAAACGGGUAUAUACUGCUUGGGAUGUGAAGCCAGAAGCUGUUGCACUGUUGUUUGUGAUUUAAACGUGUGGGUUUCAACAUAUACACUUUAAGCGCACUGGUCUAGUGAAGAGUGAGAAUUGGUCGCAGAUGAAGGUGAUUGAUUGCAGACGAAUAGUAGUAACAGUGCUCAUAGGACGAGCCGCGGGAGGGUUGAGAAACGAACCAACGUUCAGCCUGUCAGCUGAAUGUACCGAACGGACCUACUUUUAUCCUUUUGGAUUGUAUCGUUUCAAUCUAUUGCUCAUAACCGUGUGGGAGGAAGAAAACGUCGGCAAAUUCCUUGUUGCAAGCGUCAAGCAAACGUAAAAUAGUGUCAGUAUAUCGUUUCGCGCACUACGGCGAUUGGUCUAAACAUUGAUUUGCUCUAAAAGAAAAACAAACGCCCGAAAGUAUGCAACCCGCAUGACUUUAUGGUUUGUUUGUAGCUUCUAACAAGGCUUGCCGCCUUAGGACCUACCAGUGCAGAAUGAAAUCAACUUUUCUACUAUUCUCAACUCUCAAAUAUGUGCACCUUUGCUCAUUUGAUACACACUAAAUCACUGUCACGCACACGACGUUAACGUGGUGGGACGACCGAAACAGACAGCCGUCAGCAACACGCGUUCCAGCCGGGCGGCGCGUUGCAUGGUUUCGCCUGCUAUGUUUGCGUCACACCAGCGUUUACUAUAAAGUUUGUUGAACAAAUUUUAUCCCCUUUCUCGUGUUUUGAUCAACUUUAUAAAUAUAUAUCUAUAUACAUACAUGCAAAUCAUACAGUAAGCAAAGAAAAUUUAAAACCUAACUAGCGUACGAGGUGGAAAAAGGCGUGUUGGUAGAGCAAUACCCCAUGCCCUUCAUUUCUUCGGGGUUCAGACACGUUCCGAUUUUGGCUUCCUUUGUACUUGCAUACUCUGUCUCUAUGUUCGUCUCCUCCUACACCAGAGGUACUACAUUGCACACGUUUGCAUUCCGCAUUCGGUGCCACACUUAGUAUGACGCGCAGUAAUAAAAGCGAACCAAGUUUGCCAUUUCCCCACUCCCAUCCCUACCCUCC